CUUAAUGGUGAAAACUUCAGUGCCGUUCUAAAGGUCAAAACAAAAGUUGACAAUUUUUUCACAACUGGGAAAUAUUUUUUUAAUUCAUUCCGACUUUAAAGUAAACCUGUCUGAGUUUCUACAUGGAUAAUCAUACCAGUGAUGAAGACAUAGAUGAUGACUUCGAUACCCAGUUCAUCAUUCAACAAAGUUUACAGGAUAUUUACAAACCAGGAACAGCUCAACAUAUACCUGAGGAUGAGAGCUUCCAUUCCUUCUUGAGUGCUGACUAUAAGAAGAUAGUUGAAACAAUAGAGACAGUAGGCAAGGAAGACAUGUUGUCACACUUAACCAAGUGCCAUUCUGCUUUUGAUGAAGCAGAUGGCAUAGGAUGGGUUCCUCUGCACAAGGCAGCAGUGCAACUAAAUAAGAACAUUUUGGAAAUAACCCUGAAAGCUUCGAAUCCUAAUGUAUGGGAGCAAACCACUCAUGAUGGUGAAACGCCACUUUUUUUGGCUGUCAGCAACUGCCUCUUAGAAAAUGCCAGUUUUCUGCUUCUCAAUGGCUGCAAUCCGAAUGUUAAGAAUUUCGAAGGCAAUUCUCCUCUUCUUACAGCUGUUCUACAUGACUCCUACGACAUGGCCGCCUUGCUGAUCAGUCACGGAGCAGAUGUCAAUCUGCGGUGUGCCAACGAGAGGACAGCGCUCCAUGAGGCAGCCAAAUUGGGCAGACAGGACAUGGUGAAGCUGAUGCUGGCUUCUGGGGCACACCCAGACCCACGGAGCUCCUACGGCUUCACUCCUCUUGCUCUUGCUGCCCAAGGUGGACACACUGAAAUCAUGGAGCUUUUACUGCAGAAAGGCAAGCAUUUUUGUCAGGCCUCUGAUUCGUCUUCCAUCUUACUUGAAGCCGCUAGUGGAGGAAAUCCUGACUCUGUGACUCUCUUGCUAGAGUAUGGAGCGGAUGCCAACAUCCCUAAGAAUUCAGGCCACCUGCCCAUUCAUGUGGCAGCUGACAGAGGCCACCUAUUGGCUCUAAAGAUGUUGGUUCCAGUGACGGACCUUGCUGCCAUUAAGAAGAGUGGGAUCAGUCCAGUUCACUGUGCGGCAGCAAGUGCACACCCCCAGUGCCUGGAACUUCUCAUCCAGGCUGGAUUUGAUGUGAAUUUCAUGCUAGAUCCGAGAAUCCGCAAACACUAUGACGACCAAAGGAAGUCGGCUUUGUAUUUUGCUGUAUCAAAUGGUGACCUCUCUUCAGUUAAGCUGCUUCUGAGUGCUGGAGCUCUUCCCAAUCAGGACCCGGUUAACUGCCUGCAGAUAGCCCUCCGAAUGGGCAACUACGAGCUGAUAAGUCUGCUGCUAAGGCAUGGGGCCAACGUCAAUUACUUCUGCAGGGUUAACCCUUUACAUUUCCCAUCAGCACUGCAGUAUACGCUGAAAGAUGAAGUCAUGCUCAGAAUGCUGUUGAAUUAUGGGUAUGACACAGAGCGAUGCUUUGAUUGUCCUCAUGGAGACAAAGUUCAUCCCUUCUAUACUUUUGAAGGCUGGACAUCAACAGUUAUCAAAGAUACCAUGUUCUGUGAAGUAAUAACUUUGUCAUGGCUACAACACCUCUCUGGAAAAGUUGUACGAGUAAUGCUGGAUUACGUUGAUCAAGUUCGGAUCUGUUCAAAGUUGAAAGCUGUGCUCCAAAAUCAGGGCCUCUGGCCAGAAAUACAUUUUAUCUUGACAAACCCUCGCUCCCUAAAACAUUUGUGCCGCCUGAAGAUCCGAAAGUGUAUGGGACGCUUACAUCUGCGCUGCCCGGUCUUCAUGUCAUUUCUUCCGCUACCCAAUCGUCUAAAAGCAUAUGUCCUUUACAAAGAAUAUGACCUUUACGAACAAGGAAUUUUUACAGGAACCUGGUGAUCAAACUAUUCUGGAAGAAAAGGUAUUCUUUAUCUGUACUUCUUAA